CGCAGCACGGUGGCUCUUUUCCUGGUGCAGAUCCAAAUCCUGAUGUGAAAUGAAUACAGAUUUCCUCAAGGUGCUUUUUGAAAUUUCUGAGGCUUUGGUCACCGAGGAGCUGGCAGCUCUUAAAUUCCUCAGCCUGGAUCAUGUCCCCAGGAGGAAGCUGGAAGCCAUCCAGGAGCCCAAGGCCUUCUUUGAAGUGCUGCAGGAGAAAGACUUGAUCGGGGUGGGGAACCUGUUCUUCCUGAAGGAGCUGCUCUACCGGAUCUGUCGGAUCGACCUCCUGACGUCCCUGGGCUCCAGCCGGGAGCAGAUGGAGAGAGAGCUGCGGAUCCUGGGCAGGGCGCUGGUGUCGGCGUACAGGCAACUGCUGUAUAGAAUUGCAGAGGACUUGACUCCAGAAGACGUCGCAAAUGUGAAGUUCCUGCUCCAAAAACUAUUACCAAAGAACAAGCUCCAGGAGGAUGCUUCAAUGUUGCAGAUCUUUCUGGAAAUGGAAAUAAAGGAGAUAAUUAAAGAAGACAACCUGGAGUUCCUGAAAGAUCUAUUCCAGAGAGUUAGACCUGACAUAAAGAAAAAAAUUGAAGCCUAUGAAGGGAAAAGAAAAGAAAAUUAUUCUAGGGAAGAAGUCCGCUAUCCUGUGUCUGUGCAGCCAGAGGAAAAAGGAGCAGAGGGGGGAGCAGCAAAAGAGCAUGGGAAAAUAUACAAGAUGAAGAAUAACCCCCAUGGUUACUGUUUAAUUCUUAAUAACUACAUUUUUAAAAAUCCAUCCUACAAUAGAGAGGGAACAUUGCAAGAUGGAGAGGCUGUGAAGCAGGUCUUCACGUGGCUUCAGUUUGAAACAGUUGAGUACAUGGAUCUAGAACGAAAAGAUAUAUGUGACACAGUUAAAGAAUACAGCAGAAAAGAUCAUAGAAAUAUGGACUGUUUUGUUUGCUUCAUUUUCUCCCAUGGUGAAAAAGGCAAAAUAAAAGGUGUUGAUGAUGAGUGUGUAAAUAUCGAAGAUUUAGUCUCCUGCUUCACUGGAACUAAUUGUCCUUCUCUUGCUGGCAAACCCAAGGUGUUUAUCAUCCAGGCUUGCCAAGGCUCUGAACCUCAUCCAUCUGUUAAAGUAGAGCCAGACUGUUCUGGACACCUUGAGGUGGAUGCUAGUCCUUUAACUUCCAUUCCUGAUAAGGCUGACAUCCUGAUUGGCUUGGCUACGGUGGAGGACUGCGUGUGCUUCCGCAGUCACGAGACUGGCAGCGUUUACAUUCAGUCCCUCUGUGAGAAGAUGAGGUUGCUUUGCCCACUGGGCGUGGAUCUCACAUCCAUCCUGACCGAAGUGAACAACGAAGUGGCAGGAAAAGAAUUAGAAGGAUAUAAGCAGAUGCCAAAGAUAACAUCAACACUGCUGAAGCGAUUGGUCUUCAAAGUUCCACAAUGAAAAGCAGACAAGUAGGAAUACACUCCAUUAGGAAUGACAUCUGGAGUAGGCUUUGACAAGGAAGAGAAUUUACAUGAGAAACUAUCUGCAUCUGUGGAGUAGCUCCAGCCCUUUAAGGAGGCAUGGGACCUAAAUUUUCCAACUUCCAUAUUGAAUCAGUCUUCCAACACCUGGAUCUGUAGCGGUCGGGUAAGGCUAAGGAAAACCACAGAUCAUCGGGCCUUUUGUCCUGCAGAGGCAGUGAAGUAUGUUCAGUCAUUUCACAUGAGAAAGGACUUUCAAGUAGCAUUGUAAAAGUUAUCAGAAAUGUCAGUGAAGUCCCAUUUGUGUCCGAGUUGUUUUAAGUCCCUAAAAUCUGAAAAAAAUGAACAGAUUCGGAAUGCAGGAUGCAUUCCCAGGCAGCAUGUGUAAGGUUGUAGCUACCUUACGUAGAGGCGAAUCAUUGUCUGUCUUUGGAAGCUAUAAUUGUUCAUGGGAAAUAACAUCCUGCUCCAGAAGAACCAAAACCCCAUGAUUAUGUUAGUUUGGUUGUCUUCUAAAUGUUUGGUUUGGUUUAUGCCAAUCAUUUACUUGAAUAAACAGCCCAACUGUAUAAGUUUUUCAGCAAUAAAGAUUCUCACCUCGUUAUUUCUCAGAACUCUCAGGGCACAGAGUGUCUUCAAUGACUGGAAUACUGGACGGAAGCUCUGUGUUUCUGUUAAUAAAUCACCUUGGUUUCUGUAUCACCUCGG